GCAGUAGUCCGUUUCCCUGUUUCGCAGUGCCACAGGCUCCAAACUGAAAACACUUCACUUCUCCGCUCCAGCAGACUUUAUACGGCGGCUUGCUGGCUCUGAAAUUACACUCCGGCGUGUGUUGGGUGCAGUUUAUCUGCUUCCUCGGCUUUGUACGGGUCUUACAUGUCAGUCUGUGGUGGACUCGCAGCCCCAGCGGCUCCCCGGCAGGCCUCGCUGUUCACCGUGUAAACACCAGUCCUCACGCCGCGGUUGGGUGGGUCCAGCUCGGCCACAGAGGCAGCAUGGGCCCGGCGCACAGCUAGCCUCUGCUCUCAGAAGCUACAGAAAGGGAUGAAUCGUAUCCGUGGUGGAACUGUUCAGCUUGGAUGUCAGUGAUAACGGGGUUUGGCUGUCAGAAUGAACGGCACUCAGCAGAGUGAUACCAAGAGGCAGCACCUCCUGGAGAGGCUGCUGGAUGCUGUCAAACAGUGCCAAAUCCGUUUUGGAGGAAGAAAGGAGAUUGCCACAGACUCAGACAGCAGGGUGAUCUGUCUGUGCGCCCAGUUUGAAGCGGUGCUGCAACAUGGCCUGAGGAAGAACCGAGGCCUGGCUCUCACCGCCGCUGCUCUCAAGCAGGCUGCGGGCUUCAGCAGCAAGACAGAAGCAGAGUUGACUUUCUGGUUCUAUGUGAAGGAGCAUCUGAACCGCCACGAGCUCCAGCGGUUCUACUCCCUACGUCAAAUCUCCUCAGAGCUUGGGCGGGGUCGUGCCUGGCUGCGCUGCGCCCUCAAUGAGCACUCACUGGAGCGCUACCUGCACACACUGCUGGCUGACCGCCCACGCCUGGGAACUUACUAUGAAGACUGGGCUUUUAUUCUUGACGAAGAGAGAGCAAGUAUGCUCCCCACCAUGGCUGCAGGUCUGAACUCCAUCCUGUUUGCCAUCAACAUCGACAACAGUGACCUGAAUGGUGGGGUGACCCGAGGAGGAGGCCCCUCGGUGUCCGACCUCCUCAAGGAGUCCACACAGGGCAUCGGCAGUCUGUGGAAAGAGUCGACUCAGGGGGUCAGCAGCCUGUUACGAGAGAUCAGCACCGCCACGGCUGUGGUGCCCGGCUUCACCCCCAAAGUGGACGGAGCCUCGGACCCGCUACCUGUCCUGCCACGCAGCACCUCUGCUGACUCAGGGCUGAGGAAAGAGCGCCGGAGGAAAAAGAAAAUCACCAACAUCAUUUCCUUUGAUGACGAUCUGGAUGGAGGGGCGGAGGACGAGGAGGAGGGAGAAGAGGACUCCCAGAAGAUGGGUGCCAUGAGGAAGAGCCACACUGCCCCUGCUCAGAACAGCGUGGAGGAAGGCAUAGAUCCUUUGGAGCCGGUCUUCCCUGAGUCGCCGGCCCAGAAUGGCCUGGCUGAGCCAGGCAUAAUUAGCUGGGUGGGGUCCCCCCAUUCCUCUCGUACUCCACCUGCCACUACACCUCCCCUGCCUGACAGUAAGAGUAUAGACAAUGAGGAGGAGGAGGAAGAGGAGGAGAUGUACAAACCCAGAGCAGAAACCCAGGAGGAGGAGAGGAUCAGCUCCGAUCAAGUGGUGGUAGGCAGCCUGCCCAGUGUGUCCACAUGGAGCCCUCUGAAGGUGAUGACCGACCACAGCAGCUCAGACAUCCUCAUUCCUCUGAACCCUACAGACCCUCAGCCAGUGAACUCUGUGGAAGAUACAGCUGCAUUUCCUGCUCAGUCUGAGUCGACAGGACCGGUGGGAAACUGUGAGAGCGACACAUCGCUGCUAACGUUCAACAUGGAGUCCAGUCCACCAGCACAGUCUGCUCCACUCUCCAGUGUGCUGCCAACAUCUGGUCUGCCAGAGUCCAUGACAGUGGUGGAGCUGCGUCAGGCCAUUGUCGCCAUGAUGAACAGGAAGGACGAGCUGGAGGAACAAAACUCGUCUCUUCGCAGUCUGCUGGAUGGGGAGAUGGAGCACUCAGCAGGCCUGAGGCAGGAAACUGAUCUGCUAAAGAGAAAGCUGGCAGAGCUGGAGGAGAGACACACAGCCAAGGUCCAGGCACUUGCCAGGGAGAAUGAGGUCCUGAAGGUCCAGUUGAAGAAGUAUGUGGGGGCGGUGCAGAUGCUGAAGAGAGAGGGGAGCCAGGGCAAUGAUGCUCUGUCAGUAUUGCGGUCAAGUGAAGAGCAAGCCCCUGUCCCACAGAAUAAGUUCAUGGGUGACAUCGAGGAGCUGGCAGCCAGCUAUGAACGCAAACUCAUAGAGGUAGCCGAGAUGCACGGUGAGCUGAUAGAGUUUAAUGAGCGCCUGUACCGCUCCCUCAUGGCCAAAGACCACCUCAUUGUCCAGAUGAGACAGGAACUCAUUGACCUGAGAGGACCGGUUCCAGGUGAUUUAAGCCAGACGUCAGAUGACCCUAGCCUGUCAGAUUUUGAGACGGCUCAUCGCGCUCUCAUCAACGUGUGGAUCCCCUCUGUGUUCCUGCAGGGCAGAGCUGCCAACGCCUACCACGUCUAUCAGGUGUACAUCCGUAUCCUGGACAACGAGUGGAACGUGUACAGGCGCUACACCGAGUUCAGGGAGCUCCACAACCACCUGAGAAGCCAGUUUCCACAGGUGGACACCUUCAACUUCCCACCCAAGAAAGCCAUAGGGAACAAGGAUGCCAAGUUUGUGGAAGAGAGGAGGAAGCAGCUGCAGGGCUACCUGCGCAUAGUGAUGAACAAACUGAUCCAGACACUGCCGGAGUUCACAGCCCGCCCCACCAAAGAGACCCUGCUGUCUCUGCUGCCUUUCUGUCUAGACACACCCCAGGCCAACGAUGGUGGAGCCAAGACGCCCCGGUCCAAAACUUCAUCCCGCUUUCCUAGACUGGGCCGCAGCCGCAACCAGGAAGCCAGGCCUGAACCCCAGAGUGGCGACCUUUAACCCCAGAGCCUUUGAACUAGUAAUCUCUCACUAAUAAUCGAUCAACUGCGGACGACGAUGUUCCUGUCCACCCUGGACUGUUACACACAGGCUCAUAGUGUGUGAGGACAUUAAGGGUGUCUAACGGACAGAUAAAAAGCCUCGGUCGAGGAGGGGAGAUGGAUGUGUUCACAUCGCAGGCCUCUAGGAGAUAUGUAAAAGUUUCGGUGCAUUGCCUGGCUGAAUAAAGGAUAAAUGACUCCCCCGAGGCUGCCUAUCGAUGGACCCAAUCAUACAGCCCCUCUUACCUCACUGAGAGACCAAAAGACUCUCUGUUAACUGCACAUGAACUAGCCUGGACUGCUCUCUCUAAUCUCAAACACAAUGAGAUGACGGGGACGUGGUUUUUUUUUUUUUUCGUACUCAGUUUUGUAGUGAAAGUGUAUCAUGGUCACAGUGCCUACAGUGUUUUGUAGCUGCUUUCCUGCUCUGAGUAGGGUUUGGACGGGUGUGUAGAGAGGUGAACAGGGGGUAGACUGAAGUACUCCUUUGGGCAAUGAACGGUGGUUUUCAGCUAAUGUGUCAGCAUUAUUGUGCCAUUACAUUUUAGACGACGAUGAGUCACAAUCUCUGGCGUGGACCACCAGGCAAUGGGCAUUCCUUUUUCCUACUUCUGUUAUAUUAUUAUUAUGAUUAUGAUUAUGGCUAUUACGGAUAAUCUGCAGGAAGUGUAACAUAUCUUAAUGUCACCGGGGAUGCAGUAAUUAUCGAAAUAUCUUUUUUAAUUCCACAUAAUGAUUAUAUUAAAGGAUUAGGUUUAAGCACCACUGAUAAAACCAACAUCUCUUAGGGAUUGUACUAAAAUGAUUGGGGUGAGGAGGUGGGAUCUUUUCGAAGACCUUCCACAGCAUCAUUAAUAUUUUCUUUGGACCCCUCCCAUUGACUUCACUAUUAAGAGGCAAAGUACAAAGGAUUUAAGAUUUUGUAAUUUAAUUUAAAUCUAUAUAUUUAUAUAUAGUGGAAUUACAAUGUCCACAGUAGCCAUUAAUGCACACUGUAAGUGGAAUAAGACAAUUCCAAAUUGAAGGCAAACAUAACAAAAUGAUAAAUAUUCUAGCCACAUUAUUUUAGAAUAAAUAAAGGGCUCUACCAACCUACUCUUUAGGAAAAAGAAAAAUAACCCUUCCUCCUUUUUUGACCUCCCCCAUAAUCAUUUUUGGACAGUCCCUUAUUGAGAAAUAAAUAAGCAUAGAUUCUCGCUGUUUCCUCUCAAAAAUAUAUAUUCCUCAUAUCCACAAGUCUUAGAUCAGUUUCAAAUACUUACUGUGAUGUGUAUGAUAAAACUAUCUCAUAAAUAGUUUUGAGCAGAAAGGAAGGGAAACACUAUUUCACCAUUGAAAUAGAGAGGAAGCUGUGUUCCACUAUAUCAAAUAAAUUAAGGGUCUUCAUCAAAGGUCGACGGGCUAUGCUGAAUGCAAUGUUUAAAGAUUGUUUAACUAAUGUGUCCUAGCAGGAUUUAAUGCAGCGUUAUGUUGCAAAUGAAUGUUUUAAUGAUGACUAAACACUUGAAGAAAAGCUGCUUGUUAGAGUGCAAGGAAAGGGCUGCUGAGCAUCAAGUGUGUGUAAAACAGAAACUCAUGCAUAUGUAUGUUUACCCAAGAGUAGUCAGAGACUAUGUUCAAAACGAGGAGUGAUUGCGUUAUAGGGGUUUCGGAAAACUUGAAUCUUGAAAGGUCGGCUCGCAAAAAUGGUAAACAUUGUUUGCCGUCUAUGAGGGGAGGUGAAUAAACAAGGCUUGUGGGUUUUAAUUAAGUUGUUAUUCUUACACAAAAGUGACCCUCGCAAGAAUCCAACUACUGGUAAACACUGCGCCGUGUUGUAAAGAAAUUCUCACAGGGAUGACGUCAAAUAACCUUUUUUUUUUUUUUUUUUAAUAUUCUGUCAUCAUGUGGUGAGCUGGCCGAUAAAAUAGCCCGGGAAACAAAAUAAGGUAUAGUAUCAACACUUCUUAAAGUAAUUAUUUCACACAGUUCAGACAUUCUUUUUGGACAGGUGGCACUGCUGUUGCAUCCUAUCAAGAACAUGUUAUGUAAGUUAAACAUGGAUAUCUGUGAUUCUUUUUUAUUAAAGACUAUACUCUGCUGUGAUACAGUAGAACAGUAGAAUUGGUAAUAUUUUAAGUGUAGCACUGCCUUGUAUGCAUUUGAAAAAAUCAGCUCACUGCAUCUUACUAUAUCCUGUACCGCUGACGAACCACAUAGUCACAGUUUCUCCAUUAUAACAAGUAGCCUUUUCAUAAACAUCUGUUUGGUUGGGGUCAGUGUGUCUCUGGGACCACCAGUGGGUCCAACUUCUCUGCACAAAUAUUCAUAUUGUAUGUGUGGUAAUGUACAGUAAUUAUGCACAGUGGAGUUUUGGACCACAAGUUGCACCAUGGAGUGGUGUUUAUAUGUGUGGGUCACCAUUUUGGUUGUAUGAUCCAUGAACACCCGGGCGAGAUUAUGAACUUGAAAUGACAUUUUUGUUGAUUAAAGGAACACUCCACAACACUCCACGGGGCACCUUUAAACCUAGAACUUUUUGUUCAAGAUAACCGAAGAAGGUGCUGAUCUUUUCUCUUGCAGUUGCUAAGCAGUUACUCAAAACUAGUUUGAAUCAGGAUUGUUUUGCUGAAAGUUAAAAUGAUCUUUCUUUUAUGGCUUGAAGCUCUAAAUGCUAAAAAUAUCUCAGGUACUGUCGAGAAUAUACAAGUACAAAUGUUUCAUUGACAAUACCAAGAAAAAAAAGAGGCCAGGGCUCCUGGCAGGUUUACUCCUCCAUCUUGGGGUAUAGAAGUUUUCAUAUGAUCAUAAAUAGCUCCAUCUUCCUGCCUCAGAAUCCACCAGACGUUGGAUGAAUUGAAUCUUAAUGUACUUUGAGGCUGUUAAUCAGAGUGGUGACAAGCAAACGAAGUGGGUUUAGUUUUUUAGAGAUGCAGCCAAAUUGUUCUCUUGCAGUAUGCCAUGUCUGUUCUCGCGUACUUUUCUGUCCUUGCCUUAGUCAGCAGUCAGGCCUUAUCUAUCAGUGUCACAGCAAAGAGGGGAUGAACAAUAAAGUACAAUGUGUACAGUACAAUACCAA